CGCCCGUAGCCUUCGCGGCCGGGCUGCGCCGGGGAUGUAGUGGGGCCGCGGCGGGCAGGACAGAGCGGCGGCCCGGCUCCCGCUCGGCGGACGAAUGGUCACUCCCGCGCGGGAGGCACCCACCAGCGACCCCUCUCCCGGGACGGCGGCGGGGCUCACCUGUCGCGCCCGCCCUCUGCCCGGCUGGUCUCCCCGGCGGCGGCGGCGCCGCGGAAUUGCUCAGGGCCAUGACCGGAUAUAAUUGGUGAUUACAGCUGCCUUCUAUAAGUUAAUUCUCGUCAACUCCUUGCAAUUUUAAAAGAAAAUGCCUGGUGUCAUACCUAGUGAAAGUAAUGGGCUUUCAAGAGGUAGUCCAUCGAAGAAGAACAGACUUUCUUUGAAGUUUUUUCAGAAAAAGGAAACUAAAAGAGCUUUAGAUUUCACCGAUUCUCAAGAAAAUGAAGAAAAAGCUUCUGAAUAUAGAGGAUCUGAGAUUGACCAAGUUGUUCCUGCGGCACAAUUCUCACCAAUAAACUGUGAGAAGAGAGAAAACCUGUUACCAUUUGUGGGACUGAAUAAUCUUGGCAACACUUGCUAUCUGAAUAGUAUUCUUCAGGUGUUAUACUUUUGUCCUGGCUUUAAGUCUGGAGUGAAGCACUUAUUUAAUAUUAUUUCAAGGAAGAAAGAAGCUCUGAAGGAUGACUCUAAUCAGAAAGAUAAGGGAAGCUGCAAAGAAGAUCCUUUGGCAAGUUAUGAGCUUAUAUGCAGUUUACAGUCCUUAAUAAUUUCAGUUGAACAGCUUCAGGCUAGUUUUCUCUUAAAUCCAGAGAAAUAUACAGAUGAACUUGCUACACAGCCAAGGCAACUGCUUAACACACUCAGGGAACUCAACCCUAUGUAUGAAGGAUAUCUACAGCAUGAUGCACAGGAAGUGCUACAGUGUAUUCUGGGAAACAUUCAAGAAACAUGUCAACUCCUAAAAAAAGAAGAAGUGAAAAACUUGGCUGAAUUAUCUACUAAGGUAGAAGAAAAAUCUCAUCAGAAAGAGGAGAUGAGUGGAGUCAACAACACGGAGAUGGACAGUAUGAGGAAUUUGGAGGACUUUAAAGAAAAACUCCCAAAAGGAAACUGGAAAAGAAAAAGUGACAGUGAGUCUGGUAACCUGAAGAAAAAAGUUAAAUUGUCCAAGGAACCCCAGUCAUUGGAAGAGAACCAGAGACAAACUAGAUCAAAAAGAAAAGCUACAGGUGACACAGUUGAGAUUUCUAAAACCACCCCCAAGUGUGUUUCUGAAAAUGAGAGUGCAAGACCCUCUCAAAAGAAAUCAAAAGUUAAAAUCAAUUGGCUAGAGUCUACAACUAAGCAGCCCAGCAUUCUUUCUAAGUUCUGUAGUCUGGGGAAAAUAACAACAAACCAGCGAUCCAAAGGACAACCUAAAGAGAACGAGUAUGACCUGGAAGAGGACUUAGGGAAGAACGAAAGUGAGAACACAGCCAAUGGUGGUAUUCUCGAAUCUCCAGGAAGCAGUGUUAAACCUGUGCACGUUAGUGAAGUUAAGCCCAUAAACAAAGGUGCAGAACAAGUUGGUUUUGAACUCGUAGAGAAAUUAUUUCAAGUGCAAAGCUUAAAGGAGUAUGAGGGGAAGUGGUUGCUCUUUGAUGACUCUGAAGUAAAAGUUACAGAAGAGAAGGACUUUUUGAAUUCUCUUUCCCCUUCUACAUCUCCUACAUCUACUCCCUACUUGCUAUUUUAUAAGAAAUUAUAG